UAUCAAGCCAGCAGAACAGCAGAAGACCUUGCUUGGGUGGUUUGGAAAGGGGUCCUACUUUUACUUCAAAUUCGUCAAAUUAUACUGUCAGGCAACCGAUAUGGCAACGAUUUUGGCUAGGAGUGUUCCUCUUAUCGAGAACUUAGCUAAAAGGAACUGUGUGAAGUUACUUGGAGCCACCACCCCGGCACCUUCUCAAAACGGUCAGCAAACCCGCAACCUCAACGUUCAGGAACAUGUGAGCUACACUUUACUGAAGGAAGCCGGAAUUCCGGUUCCCAACUUCGGAGUGGCCAAGAGCAAAGCGGAAGCCAAGGAGAUUGCCAAGAAGCUAAAUGUAAAGGACAUCGUUCUCAAGGCCCAGGUGCUGGCUGGAGGGCGUGGCAAGGGCGCCUUCAAGGGUGGACUUAAGGGCGGUGUCAGGAUGGUCUUCACACCAGAAGAAGCCGAAGAAUUCGCUGGUCAGAUGAUAGGUGACUUCCUUAUCACAAAGCAGACCGGAGCCAAGGGCCGAAUCUGUAACUCUGUCAUGGUAGCCGAGCGCAAAUUCCCGCGCAAAGAGUACUAUUUCGCUGUCAUGAUGGAGCGAGCGUUUGCUGUGAGUCAAGAAUAAAAUGAAUAAAAUAUA